AUCUGUUUUUUCUAUACUGAAUCAGUACGAAUAUAAGAUAAUUAGAUAAGCUAAACCAACGCCGACUAUGGCAAUAACAAUAAUAUACUAGAAUCUAAGCUAAAUGGGCUGAGACAGAUCCAUAAAUAUAAAUCCCAAUGACUUACUACCAUUUUGGCUGGUGAAUGAGAAGUGGCCAACUAGGUGGAGACAAGUUGCUGCAAGGGAGAAGUGGGCGGUGCAGUCAGUACCCAUCAUCGGUCUUUAUGGACUACCCAUCACCCAUCCUUCCUUUUUCUUACACCAAUUUGGCAUCACUUUCCCAAACCUUGUUUAAGAGACCAAUGCGUGAUUUGUUAGUACGUUUCUCAAUCCGAACUAAUCUUAUGAUUCUUAUCUAAUCCCAAAUGUAAAUACAAAGUUCAAAGCAAGUUCAUUAAAGACAUGGUCAACAUUAACAAAGUAGGAAGUUAUGAUAAGGCCAAUAGCACACAUAUGAAUUCCAUCUGAAGAAGCAAAAAAUGCUAAUCUCAAGACAGAUGAAAAAGAAGUUUCACUUCCCAAAUUCUUUAGUCUCUUUCUCACCAAUCAUUCUCCAUCUCAUCAACAUGCACCACUUUCACCAAUUCUCUCUUCUCUCUCUCUUUAUCUCUGACUCUUAUCUCUUCUGUUCCCAAGCCCAUAAUUGUAAAAGAACCUGCUCCCAAAGUUGGCUCUGCUCAGAACAGAACACUUAACAGUAAUAGCACUAAUGAAUCCACUCACAGUUUCAGAUUCUUCACAUUUUCCAACGCUUCUCAAACACCAUCUAACUUGGCUUCUCUUCUACUUCUCAUCUUCUCCAUCACCCUUUUAAACUCAACUUCUCAAACCCACAACACACAUUAUCUCUUAGGUCUCCAGCAUAAGUCUCUUUUGGUGUAGUAGAGGUAACAUAGAAUGGAAGAAGAUCAUCAGCAUCAUUUAGAAGAGGAGGAGGAAGAAGAAGAUCAGAUCAUGCCAACAAAAGAAGCCAACAAGACAGACGAAGACACAUCUUCAUCUAGACUAUUCCCAUGUCUCUUCUGUUCUAGAAAGUUCCAUAGUUCUCAAGCCCUAGGAGGCCACCAGAAUGCUCACAAGAAAGAGAGAACCGCUGCUAGAAGAGCAAAAAGGGCUUACGAUUUUGUCAACAACAAUGUCUUGCUUCACACGUUACCUGUCUUUUUAUCCUCCCCAUCUCCACACGGACCACACCACUUGACCAUCUUAAGCUAUCCUUCCUCUGCGUCCAUUGGAUGCUUUCAAGCUUCUCAUACAGACCUUCCAAUCUUCAGAUCCAACGGUGCACAUGUCGUGUUGGCGUCAUCCCAUCAAGGUAGAGAUAACAAAGGAGGGUAUCUUGGUCAAAAACGUGUUCAAAUUUUGGAUCAUAACUGUAACGUGGUGAAUAGUGAGGAUGGUCAAAGCCAGUGUCUUGAUCUCUCCCUCCAUUUGUAAUCUUAGGAUUUAUUGUUACAUUAGCGGGAAAAGAUGUUUCCACACGUGACAGUACUUCUACGUAUAUGUUUCUUUCAUGCAUGAGAAUCGUCCUAUCGUGGACAGAAUCCGAAGAUUUAUUGUAUCCCGAUGCAUAUGUUAUAAUGGUUAUAGUGCCACGAGAAAGCUAGCUAAUC